AUGGCCAUGAAACCAGAUCCGCUAUUCAUUGAAUUGCUUGAGCAAACAGAUGAUUUAGAGAUCUUGGAUCGACAACACCCAAUGUUUGAUGACCGGUGUCUAUACUAUAACCGAAGCUUGAAGCACAAACCCUUGGCCAUUGUUCGACCAAAGAGCCCUACUGAUGUGUCCAGUGUCGUGUCCUUUUGCACUGCACAUCGAAUCUCUAUUGCAGUCCGAUCAGGGGGCCACGAUUUCUUUGGUCGAUCAAUUGUCCACGAUGGCGUCGUCAUAGACAUGAGACGCAUGGAUUCGGUCGGCAUCGCCCCCGACCGUAAAAGCGCAAAUGUCGGAGGUGGUGUAAUUGCCGGUGACCUGCAGCAGACUCUUGACAAAUACAGGCUGUUCACGCCUACUGGUCAAGCAAAAACCGUUGGCUAUGUGAGCUGGGCCUGCGGGGGCGGCUACGGGUUCUACGUCGGGACUUACGGCUUCGGGGUUGACCAGAUACUGGGUGCCAUCGUUGUCCUGGCUGACGGACGUAUCGUCAACACUGACCAAGAGCCCGAGCUGCUGUGGGCUAUUCGUGGAGCUGGUGCUGGAACUUUCGGAGUUGUGGUUGAGUUGCGCGUCAAGGUUUACACGACACCGAAGCUGUACGCUGGGUUCCUGGCCUUCCCCAUCCAUGAGGCGCCCGUUGUACUUGAGCGUUUCCAGCAGCUCAACGCUCCGAAUGGUAUUCCAGACGAGUUCAGCGGCGACGCGAUUGUUGCAAAGCCGGAAAUGCUGCAACUACCUUCAAGUGCUGGUUCUUCGUAUAUCUUCUACUGGUGCUGGACUGCUGCUCAAGGGGACCUAUCAGAAGCAAAAGAAUAUUUGAACAAGAUGAAGAGCUUUGGAACCGUGCUGGUCGACACGGUCAGAGAAACCACCCCUGCCAAUUUCGCAGGUGGCGACUCAUCUUCACCCACUUUUUUCCGCAGCUGCAGCAUCUCGGACCUUGGGGCAAGUGUUGGAAAGGCGCUGUCAUCAGAGCAGCCGCCUUGGCCACUUUGCGCUGUCGUCGUGCAUAACAACCACGGCAGAGGAGUCCACCGCAGCAUCCUGGAUGGAAUCGGUUCUGCGUUUUCCAACCGCUACCCCCACGUCAUCUUGGGUCUGCACGGGGGAACGUGCAUAGCUGCACAAGAAUGCGAAGGCGCAUUGGAUGAGAGCGUUAGCUGGGUUCGCCGUUUAGAAACGACAAUAUCAAGACUGGAUUGUAGCAUUAGCAACGGGUUCCCGGCCUUCUGCCCGCCAGAACAAGUUGACCCUCUUGACUUCUUCAAGCCUGAAUCAGCGCAGAGACUUUAUAGCCUCAAGGAAAAGCUGGACCCAAACAACGUCUUCGGUCGUGCCUUUCCCAGACUGAUUGGCAAGCCUGUUGCAAAGACAAGGAAGGUCUAA